CCCACAACCCAUUUGGAGUCGAACCAUGAAAAAAAAAAAACCAGAUCAGACCCUUCACUGCUCUCUGACCACCCACCCCUCUCAAUUUCUCUCUCUUUUUGUCGCUAAACUAACCUUUCUUCUUUUAUAUGUAAACCCCAAACCCCAACCAAAGCAACUACUACUCAUAACAUCCUUUGCUUAGUGCUAAUGUAGUAUAGGCAUAUACACCAAAACCAAAAAAAAAAAAAAAAAAGUACUCUUUUCUCUUGUACUCUCCGAGAAAAAAAAGAAAUUAGGGCUUUAGAAAUGGAAAUCAAUGGAAGCAAUAGUAAUAGUAAUAGUACUAUUAGUACUAGUCUCGCUUGGGACGUUUGGGAACUCAACAAUAAUAAUAACACCACUUCUUCGAGAAUGGAUUGGACAAGCACUAGUACUAGUACUACUAGUACCGCUGAUGCUACCGGUAACGGCUCGUUCUACGCCGGCACCGGUGACGGCGAGCGCCAGGAGGCCGGCGGUAUGGGUCACGCGCCGCUGCUGAACACGGCGCUACACGCGCAGGCGCUUCAUCAUCAUUAUUAUCGCCACCAUCAUCAUCACGACCAAAACCAAGAGCAACAUCAACAGCUGACGAUGUACGGCGGAGACGGUGGGUCCCACCUCCACCCGGACCCACACCUGGUUUGUCUGAAGCUGGGGAAGCGGCACUACUUCGAGGACGUGACGGCUGCGGCGGUGCCGGUGGAGGAGCGAUGCGUGGCGGGGUUUGCGAUGGGGAAGAAGGGGAAAGGGUUUUGCGGCGGCGGUGGAGGUGGAGGGACGACGGCGGCGACGGCGACGGCGAUGGUACCGAGGUGUCAGGUGGAGGGGUGCCACGUGGCGCUCGUGAACGCCAAGGAUUACCACCGGAGGCACAAGGUUUGUGCGAUGCACUCCAAGGCUCCAAAGGUUGUCGUUUUAGGUUUGGAGCAGCGUUUCUGCCAGCAGUGUAGCCGGUUUCAUGUGUUGUCAGAGUUUGAGGAGUCGAAGAGGAGUUGUAAGAGGAGAUUAGCAGGGCACAAUGAGCGAAGAAGAAAGAGCUCUCAUGAUUCUAUUGCCAGAAACUCUUAUCAUCAUGGACGUGCUCUCUCUCUUCUGUCAUCUAAGACUGAUUCUUGGGUGCCUCCAUCGGACCUCUCCUCGAGAUCAAGUGCCGCGCUGCGCGAGCUCAUCGCUGAGAAUCGCGCGGCCAUAUUGGCGCGGCAGCUCUUUUUGGAAAGGGAUACUUGGCAUUUGCACCACCGCAAUCACCACCAGCAGGGCGAGGACUUAACCUCCGAGGCCCAACAAGGCGGGUUCGGUUCGAACAUCGAGCCCCACCAUCACCAGAUGUUUCCCGAGCCACCGGCACACGGGGGCUGGGAAAGGAUCAACGAAAGCGCCGCGCACGUGACGUUGGACCUCAUGCAGGCUCCGAGCCCGGCUUUCGGGUUUGUCCCUGCUAGGGGAAAAGCCAAGGCUGAGGAAGAAGAGUGUUCUGAUUUGUGGAACUCGUUUCAAGGGCCCAAUCUUGUAUAAUUAUGAACAUUUAAUCUU